AUGAGUGACUCGGAGUUCGAGGGUUCUGACGACUCGUUCGAGGCGCCCAAAAAGAAGGCCCCUACCAAAGAGAAAAAGGAGAAGACGGCAACGCCAAAGAAAGUUAAAGCUGCUGCUAACACGUCAAUGGCAAUGACUGAGGAAGACAUGAACGUCUUCACCAACAUGGACAAAGCUAAGAAAGGCGAGCUAACGAUCGAGAAGAUCUACCAAAAGAAAAGUCAACUGGAGCACAUUCUUCUCCGUCCUGACACCUAUAUUGGAUCUGUCGAAUAUACGGAUAAGUCGCCCAUGUGGAUCUACGAUUCGGAGACUGAGAAGCUUGUGCAACGCGAUAUUUCGUACGUGCCCGGACUUUACAAGAUCUUUGAUGAAAUUCUGGUAAACGCUGCCGAUAAUAAGCAACGUGAUUCAAAGAUGAACUUGAUCAAAAUUGAUAUCGACAAAAAGCAGAACAAGAUCUCUGUGUUUAACAAUGGAAAGGGAAUACCCGUCGCUCAUCACAAGGUUGAGCAAAUGUAUGUCCCUGAGUUGAUCUUCGGAACUCUGCUUACCUCGUCGAAUUAUGAUGACUCUGAGAAAAAGGUUACGGGAGGUCGUAACGGUUAUGGUGCAAAGCUGUGCAAUAUCUUCUCGACGGAAUUCACGCUUGAGACGAGCAGCAAAGAAUACGGCAAAGCCUUUCGACAAACCUGGGUCAAGAACAUGACAAAGGACAAGGAUGCAGAGAUUGUGAAGACGAAGGGAGAAGACUAUACGAAGGUCACUUUCAAGCCGGAUUUGGCUAAAUUCAAGAUGACUGAGUUGGAUGAUGAUAUCAUCGGAUUGAUGUCACGACGUGCUUUUGAUGUGGCUGGCGCAUCUCGCGGCGUAAAAGUGUACCUCAAUGGAAAAGCUCUACCGGUUAGUGGCUUCAAGCAAUACAUCGAGCAGUAUACAAAGGAUAUCACCGAGAACACUGGGGAACCAAUCAAAGUCUGCUACGAACAAGUGAACGAUCGCUGGGAGGUUGGCUUGUGUGUCAGCGAGAAAGGCUUCCAACAAGUCUCAUUUACUAACUCGAUCGCUACGACAAAGGGUGGUCGUCACGUCGACCACGCUGCGGACCAAAUUGUCACAAAGUUGAUUGAGACGAUCAGAAAGAAGGCUGGCAAAAGUUCGGUGACCGUGAAACCCUUCCAAGUCAAAAAUCACAUGUGGAUCUUCGUGAAUGCCCUGAUCGAGAAUCCGACGUUCGACUCUCAAACCAAGGAAACGAUGACAUUGCAGGCUAAGAGCUUUGGCAGCAAAUGUGAGCUCAGCGAGAAGUUUGUGAAGCAGGCUAUGAACUGUGGAAUUGUCGACGCGGUACUCUCGUGGGUGCGCUUCAAACAGAUGGAGAACUUAGACAAGAAGUGCUCAUCCAAGAAGACGAACAGGCUAAAAGGAUUACCAAAAUUGGAAGACGCCAACGAUGCGGGAACAAAAAAUUCAGUGUACUGCACAUUGAUCCUCACUGAGGGAGAUUCAGCAAAGACUUUGGCCGUUGCCGGACUUGGAGUGGUCGGUCGUGAUCGAUACGGAGUGUUCCCGUUGCGAGGAAAAUUGUUGAAUGUACGCGAAGGCAAUAACAAACAGGUUGCUGAGAACGCGGAGAUCAACAACAUCAUCAAAAUCCUUGGACUGCAAUACAAGAAGAAAUACGACACCGACGAGGACAUGAAGUCACUUCGCUACGGAAAACUGAUGGUUAUGGCCGAUCAAGAUCAGGAUGGUUCACACAUCAAAGGGCUCGUCAUCAACUUUAUUCACACAAAUUGGCCAUCGUUGAUCCGGCGCAACUUUGUCGACGAAUUCAUCACUCCAAUUGUUAAGGCAACAAAGGGGAAAGAAGAGAUCCCAUUCUUCUCGAUUCCCGAGUACAAAGAGUGGAGGAACAACACGGAGAAUUGGAAAACCUGGCGUAUCAAGUACUACAAAGGAUUGGGUACCUCUACACCAAAGGAAGCAAAGGAGUACUUCUCGGACAUGACCCGACAUCGAAUUCGCUUCAAAUACGGUGGUGUCGAGGAUGACGUGGCUGUUGAGAUGGCAUUCAGCAAAAAGAAAAUCGAGGAGCGAAAGGAUUGGUUGACAAGCUGGAUGAAUGAAAAACGUGCACGCCGCGCUCAAGGACAAGAGGAGGACUAUCUCUACACAAAGGACACUCGAGCCGUUUCAUACGCGGAGUUCAUCAACAAGGAACUCGUCCUCUUCUCAAAUGCCGACAACGAGCGUUCAAUCCCAAGUUUGGUCGAUGGAUUGAAACCUGGACAGCGAAAAGUUCUCUUCGCAUGCUUCAAACGUGCAGACAAGCGCGAGGUGAAAGUCGCCCAAUUGGCCGGAGCUGUCGGAGAGCUGACUGCGUAUCAUCAUGGAGAGGCCUCGCUUAUGAGCACGAUUGUCAACUUAGCUCAGGAUUACGUUGGCUCGAACAACAUCAAUGUGCUGCUCCCAAUCGGUCAAUUUGGUACACGACUUCAAGGUGGAAAGGACAGCGCCAGCGCACGUUACAUUUUCACAAUGCUGAAUCCUGUUUCGCGUUAUAUCUUCCCGAUCUCAGACGAUCAUGUUCUUCGCUUCUUGUUUGAGGAUAACCAGAAGAUUGAACCCGAAUGGUACUGCCCAAUCAUUCCAAUGGUUCUUGUCAAUGGCACCAGCGGGAUUGGCACUGGAUGGUCAACAAACAUUCCCAACUACAACCCGCGUGAAGUGGCCGAAAACGUUCGUCGUUUGAUUCGCGGCGAACCACUCCGUCCAAUGAAACCAUGGUAUAAGAACUUCCGCGGCACCAUUGAACAACUCGAUCCAACGCGUUUUGUGUGUUCUGGAGAAGUGGCUGUGCUCAACGACGAACAAUUCGAAAUUACCGAGUUACCAAUAAAGAAAUGGACGCAGGAUUACAAAGAGGGAACGCUCGAGCCGAUGACCGAAGGAACGGACAAGCAACCAGCGCUAAUCAACGAAUUCAAAGAGUAUCACACUGAUACCACGGUUAGGUUCGUCGUCAAGGCUCCUCGUGAUAAGAUGGCCAACAUGGAACGAGAGGGUCUCCACAAGGUGAUGAAGUUGCAGACGGUGAUCAAUACGAGCUCAAUGGUUCUGUUUGACGCAAUGGGAUGCUUACGAAAAUUCGACACCCCCGAAAGCAUCUGUCAAGAGUUCUUCGAGGUGCGUAAGGCAAAAUACGUCGAGAGGAAAGCUUUCUUGGAAGGAAUGCUGAAAGCGCAAAGUGAUCGAUUGACCAAUCAGGCUCGUUUCAUUCUCGCCAAGAUCAACGGUGAAAUCGCGCUCGAAAACAAGAAGAAGACGGUGAUUGUUGAGCAACUCGCGAAGAAGGGCUUCGAUCCAGAUCCAGUGAGGAAAUGGAAAGAUGAACAAAAGAAGAAAGAACUGGAGAUGUGCGGCGAAAUUUCUCAAGAUGAACAGGAUGAGAAGGAGGCGGCUGAUGAGGAUUUGCCUACCGAGCAGAAGAAGUUUGAGAAGAAACUUUCCGACUAUGACUACUUGGUUGGAAUGGCUCUGAUCAAGCUCUCUGAAGAAGAAAAAGACAAAUUGUUGAGGGAAUCCGAAAGUAAGUUGGAUGAGUUGAAGCAAGUGCGCCAAAAGACGUGGUCUGAUCUCUGGAACGAGGAUCUCGAUCUUUUCCUCGUUGAGUUGAAGAAGCAGGAGGACAAAGAAAGGGCUGAUGCAGAGAGCUCGGUGAAGACGGCCGCAAAGAAAUUGGCUAAAGAAGAACCAACCAAAGGCAAGAAGAAGCCAACAGUUGUGGCGGAAGUAUUCCCAGCCAAAGACGGACUUCGAGUUGAGCCGGUGAUCGACAAGACGCUCAAGGAGAAAUACGAGAAAAUGGAUCAACCGAAGAAGGAACGAAAGCCAGCGGAGCCAAAGCAGCCCAAAGAACCCAAAGCGUUAACGGAACCGAAGAAACCACGAGCGCCCAAGAAAGAAAAGAAUCCGUUUGAAGAUGGUGAGAAGAAGACGACGAAGAAAAAAGCCGACAAGUGGGACUCAGACGGAAGCAGCGAUGAAGAUGACGAUAUGUUUACCGAUGACGAUGAAACGAACGCUUUCAAAGAUAGUGAUGAGGAGAUGAGUUCAAAGAAGACGACUGCUGCUGAUCGAAAGGUUCGACAAGGAAAGCGGCUCUCUGAUCAAUCGGCCAAGGAGAACGAUAACACCGAUGAAGCGGUCACUCUUGGUGAUAGUCCAGUCAAGAAUACCAAAGAAAACGGCAAUGCUGCACCAAAGAAACCAAAAGCUGCUCCAAAACCCAAAGAGACGAAGCCAAAAGAGGAAAAGCCAAAAGCUGCACCAAAGAAAGCUGCCGCAGCUGCUGCGAAUGGAGGCGCCAAGAUGACCGAUUUCUUCUCGAAGAAGGCCGCCACAAAGAAAGAGAUCGACUCGGAGGACGAAGAUGUGUCAAUGGUGUCACUGGAUGAUUCCCCCGUGGCUCCUAGACAGAAAUCUGGCCGCAACGCCGCCGCCGCUCCCAAGAAGUACAACGUCGGCGACUCGGACGAGGAUGUGGAGGAAGUGAUGCCAAAAAAGAAGAGACGUGUCAUCGACUCGGAUUCGGAU